UAGCACAUGUCAAGAAACUUAAGAUUUGGUGAUUCUUUCAAGUUUCGCCGAGACUUUAAAGAUGAAAACAAUAUCAAUUCCGAAAACACAACUACCUACUUAAAACAAACUGUAGAAAUCUCAAAUCCGCCCACGAGUCUAGCUUUUGGAACUCCUGAAUUAGACAUGUUUAAAGACUCUAGGAUGAGAGAAAAAUCCGAAAUGACAAAUUUGAAUUCCCGCCUAGCUAAUUACAUAGAAAUUUCUCGAGAAAAGUCAAAUCUAAAUUUUGAAUUGAUGGACGAACUUGAAUAUGUCAAAAACCAAAUCAGAAACGAAACUGGUGCUAUUAAAGAAUUGUAUGAAGCCGAGCUGGGACAACUCAGAAAUGUUCUCGAUGAUAUGGAACAUGAUAAAAACGAAUUUAUUUUGGUUGCUGAUAACAAUCAAAGAAUGUGUGACGAUUUAGAAGAAAGAAUUAACAAUUUUAAAAAUUCAGAAGAGAAUAACAUUUUAAAAAUAAAAGAAUUGGACAACCAACUGUCAAAUUUGGAUUUUAAAAUAAAUAAUUUAUCUUCAAAAAAUGACUUUUUGAAAGAUGAAAAAAACAGAGAUUCUGAGAUUAUAAAGAACUUGAGAUUAGAUCUUGAAAUCGCUCAAAAUGUGUGGGAAUUAUUAAUUUUGCAGGAAUUAAACGAAGAGACGAUUUUACGAUCAGACAGCCAAAACAGAUGUCAAUCAAUUGCGGAAGAAAUACAGUUUAAUACAGAUAUUCACGAACGGGUUUUAAUUAGUCGAAAUAUAAAAAAGGAAUUGAAAGAUUUGCUUGCUAUGGCUAACUACGAUCCACUAAAUCAGUCAAAGGAGUGGUUGAAUUGUGAAUUUUCGUCAUGCAUUAAGGAAAUUCAAGAAGAAUACAACAAUAGGCUGGAUGAAGUCAAAUCUGAAAUGGAAUCUCAAUACAAUACGAAAAAUUCGAUGCUAAUUUCACAAAAUGAAAAGCUUAGAAAUGAGAUUAAACUUUUGAAAGAUCAAUAUGAUUACUUGUCGAUGCAAAAAAUGAAUGAAAUAGACGAAAUCAGAAAGCACCAGGCAGCUGCUCUUGCGGAACUUAGAACAAUUAUUGAUGAUAAUUUAUCUCUACAAAUGGAAAUUGUGUCAUAUCAAAAGUUGCUUGAAUACGAGGAGGCUAGGUAA